AACUCCUCCAGAGGGGAGCUUAUGAAUAUGGAGCCCAGUUCCACAGAGGGAGGAGCUGAAGAGACGCUCCUUAAAAAUCAACCACCAGGUCUUCCUCACAAAGUGAUACUCAAACAUGGCCAGGAGUUGGAGGAAGAGCAGGAGGAGUUGGCCGAGCACCAGCCUCUAGAGCAGGAAGACCUGAACUUUGAGAGAUGGAAGCGCAGGCCGUUACCCGAGAGGACACUCCACCAGAAAAUAGUCGACAUUAAGACAUACUUGUGGAAUGCAGAGACCCGCGAAUUCAUGGGUCGCUCUGGGAAGAGCUGGAGCCUCAUCCUUCUCUUCUACGCUGUACUUUAUUUGUUUCUCGCAGCCAUGUUUGGUGGCUGUAUGUUUUGCCUCAUGUGGUCUAUUAGUCCCUACCAUCCAACCUUCAAUGAUAGAGUGAUGCCACCAGGUAUGACGAUGGCCCCAAUCCUAGAAGGCCACGAGAUCACCUUCAACGCCUCAAGUCGCAAGUCCUGGAAGAUGUACGCCAAGUCUAUGGAUGAAUAUCUGAAACCGUAUAACGAUGGCCCUCAGCAGAAGAAGAAUAUUCAUUGCUCACAGGGCAGAUACUUCAUGCAGGACGACUUGGAGGAGAGCGCAGAGCGGAAAUCGUGUGAGUUCAGGAGGUCCUGGUUGGGGGACUGUUCGGGGCUGCAGGACCCCAACUAUGGCUAUUCUCAGGGAAGGCCAUGCAUCCUCCUUCGGAUGAACAGGAUUCUUGGUUACUUACCUGGCCAGGGCAAACCAGUAAACGUGACUUGUGGAGUUAAGAGAGGACCUACAGACACCUUGGGAGAAAUCCAAUUUUUCCCGAAAAGCUUUUUUGACCUGAAUUACUAUCCAUACUAUGGGAAGCUCAGACACACAAACUACUCUGCGCCGGUGGUGGCUGUGCGCUUCAUGUCAGUGCAGUACGACACUCACAUCCAAGUACAAUGCAAGCUGAAUGGAAAGGGCAUCAUCAACGAUUCCCCCACUGACCGCCACCUGGGCAGUGUGACCUUCUCCUUCGAUAUCGGAGCGUAAGGCGAAGAUAUCGCUGCCAGCAGGAUGCUCCUGUGACAACGAGGCAGGAAAAUGUACAAGAAAAAAAUAUG